AUGACUGAUAAACCACCUCCAUAUAACCCGAGUGCAGCUCCUGCACCCGGUUAUCCACCCCAGCAAGGCUACCCCCCACCCCAAGGCCAGCCUGCCCCUGGAUAUGCUCCGCAACAAGGAUACCCUCCUCCGCAGCCUGGCUAUGCUCCUCAACCAGGAUAUGCCCCUCAACCAGGAUAUGCCCCUCAGCCUGGCUACCCACCAGCCCAACCUGGGUAUGCACCCCCUCCUCAAAUGAUGGCCACUAACACAGUUGUAGUAGCACAACCACCACCUGUUCAACAGAGCACUGUAGUGGUUCAUCAGCAGCAUCGUCGUGGUGUGAACCAUGUAUUGCACUGCAUCAUUACAUUCUUUUUCUGGCCAUGGGUAUUCGUCUGGAUCAUCCUGUGCAUCACUGAGGGAGCCUAGAGAUGAUCACCUUGGAUAAGACAGACGAUGUCACCACACAAUCUUUCACCUUUACCUUUUUCUUUUUUGCAGUAAUCUUUUGUCUUUCCAAGACUGGUAUGUGCCUUUAGUUGCUCCUGGUAUCUUGGAAAGUAUGAAGAUGAAAAACAAUUAAUGUAGUAAUUGAUUGGUCAUUUUAUAAUUAUUUACUGUUAAUUUUAAUGUACCAUUUUCUGUAAUUAGUUCAGGUAUGUACAUGUAUCAUGAUUUGUGUAUUACUGACAAAGGAAUCAUAUUUAAGUAGGUCUCGAUCUUUCUGUAGCAGCUGCCUACUGUCAAGGACUGUUCAAAAGUUGAUAUGCUAAAUGAUCAUAAGAGUACUUUCGAAAUCAUAAAUAAUUCCAAGUACUUUGUUUAAUGGUUUGCUUUCACUUUUAUUUUCACUGACUCUGUGCUUGGAGUAUGUGAUGAGAUCAGCCGGUCUAGCAGGAAUAACAAUGAUGGUAACAACCACUUUUAUAGCACUCAUAUUUUUUUAAUAGAGUAAACUGAAAGUUAGCUUAGCUUUCAAAAUAUUGUAUGUCACAUAGAGAAUUCUCCAUUUGCUCUUAAAUGCAGUUUUGGUAUCAAUUUCAUUUCCAUUCAAUAUAUUCAAGUAUAUUUGUUCAAACGAUGUCAGUGGGAGAUGAAUAUUUUCUGUACUGGGCUAUGUUUCCUCUUUCUCUCUAUUGUAACUCAUGUUUGUAUAGUUAUAACCCAGUGGUUAUUUUAUACAGUGGAUAAAUUGGCCACAGCCCCUUUGUAUUUCUUCAAUCAUGGUAAGAGAGGCUAAAGAAUGCAUCUGCACAUGUACAUACAUGCAUACAUGGACAUCAUACAAAAACUCCCUCUAUUUUUACCAUCUCGUUUUUUUUUUUUUUGUCUUCUGUGCAAAAAUAAAAUCUAUAAUUUUUAUUUAUGGACUCUAGAUAUAUAUUUUGUGGUAAGCAGUAAGUAGUAAGUAAGACAAGUUUAAAAAAAAAAAAACGAAUACUUUAUUUACAAGUGAGAACCUUCUCAGACAUAAAGUUUGUUAGGAACAGGUUGCAAUAAGAUGGAGAUAAAGUUAAUUGUUGCCAAAAUAAAGAUAAAAGCUGAGCUCAGUAUGAAAUCUGAAAAUUGAUAAAUGUUUGGCUGAAAUUGUAUAUUUUGAAACUAGUUACAGGAAACUGCUGCCUUUUUGUUUAACAUUCUUAUUUUGUUCUUUAUAUCAGUACUUGUUUUGUAGGCUUUUUCAUGAAAAGUUUUUAGCACACAGUAUACCCAAGCAAAGGUACAUUUACAUUUGUAGCACAUUAACAUGACCCAUCCUGCCCCCCAUGACUAGUAGAUACAACUAUUAUCAAGUGAAUUUAUAAGAAAUAUUAUGAAAAAAAGAGGUUGAGAAAUUACUGCAGUUUAAAGAUAACAUAUAUGUCUGCAGUAUAUAAGACACACUUCAAAGAGAGCCUUAAUUGUGCCAUGUUUCACAACAUGUAUUUUUAUCAAUAUGUAUACGCUUUUCUUAAUCAUGUCUUCUUAGAUGAUAUUUAAAUUGAAUUUUUUAAUUUUUAAUUAAAAUUCUUGUACCUUCCACCAUGAUCACCUUCUGAAGUUAAAAAAAAUGUUUUUAAUAUUGAAAUUCAACUGCCAUGUAAUAUUGAACUUGUGACAGUCCCAUGAAUGCCUUUGUUAGAUCUUAAGGCAAAUAUAGAUUGUAAACAAAGGGCUAAGAUAUGGUAAUUUUGAGCGUUAUUACAGUCCAUUUAUUGUCAAUUUCCCCCACCUUACAUUAAUUCAGCAUUACACAUAUAAGGAAAUGAUGAUCUGAUCAUCAUAAUAGCAUUAUACGUGUACAUGUUGUUUUACAUGCAAACCUGUGUCCAAAGAAACAACCAGUAAAUUUACUUGUUUUGAUAUCGCAUGAUAUUGACACCAAAUUAUACAAUUAUUGUAUUCAUAGUGUGUAGGAGUGAAAUUGUUUGAUUAUGAUACCACAGAAUAGGUUUACAGCCGUCUAGUACAAGUACACUACACUAGUUCAGGAAGAUACAGUGGUUUUGGUUCUUAAGUCUAACUCUUCAUCGUAAUUGGCCAAAAUAUACAUUUCCAUGUGUUCAUGCAUGAAAUUUAUAUACAAAUUGUAAAAGAGCAUGAUUGUAGUCACACUAUGUUAUUCAUUUUCACUUUCUUGCAAUAAUUCUUAUAAGGUUAUAGAAAAUUGAAUUGUUUGUUUAUUGUUAAUUAGGUGAUCUGUCAAUCGACAGAUCAACUAUUAAUUUCGUACGAAUUUUCUUUUUUAUUUUUUUUUAUUUGUCCGCCCUUUUCUUGUUAGCGUAAAAUCUCCAAAACUACAUCUUCAAUUUUCAUCAAAGUAUCAUCACUUAUGAGGACUUCUCAUGUCAUGUGUAUGAAAGAAGUUCAAGGUCAAAAGGUCAUCAUGACGUCAUCUAGACGCCAUUUUGUAAAAUCACCUUAUCAAUCAUAUCUUCAUUAUUAAUUAUCAAAAAUUAACCAUAUUUACAUCACAUUAACUUCAGGUCAAGGGUCAACUGUACAUGUCAUCAAAGGUCAUGUAAAGGUCACGACGUGCGCGUACGCGCACGUCAAAAUUCUAAAAUGCUCAAAAUCACUUUUUGACCAAAGUAGAGUAUGAAUCAGGCCAUUUUAAGCAUUUCAAAAAUUUGCGCGCGCGCACGGUUACGCGCGUGUUCUCGCGCGUAACGGCACUAUGCAACAUAGGAUCACCAUUUUUUUUUUUUAUAUCAAUGCACCGAUAAUAUAAUUCUGAACAAUUUGAUACCUUGAUCAACCUUCUACGACAAAUAAUAACGGAAUUAGCCUCCAUCAAAGUUUACAGCAGGCGUGCGCACGCGCACUAACCAUAGACAAUAUAUGUGCAAAAACAUGCCUAUACAAAAUUCAUUAUAGCUCUUCAGGAAGUCCGUUGACCCCCAAUUUUUUUUUCAUAUUCGAAUAGAGUAUGAAUGGGAGAUAUGAUUUCAUGUCACAUUUGACCCGAAAUUUUAUCAUGACGUCAUCAAAAUGGCGUCGGAACGCAAAAUUCCCAUUUUGCUACUUAUGACAUCAUCAUAAUUAUGCAUAUUUGACUCUAACUCCGUAAAUAUUGGCCAAUUUUCACUCAGUUUUCAAUAUGUUGUAGCUGAGGACAUACUCUUUAAUUUGAUGGCUAUAUUUACAUUUAAAGGAACGGAUCAUCCUGAAAAAUGGCAAGUUAUAGAGACAUGUCAUUUUCGCUCAUUUUGUGUGCAAUCUCUAUGGGAAAUGACUUUUUCUCAAAACUGGAUUUUACAUUCCUCUAUUUCGCGAGCCAUAUCUCCAUUUCUUUUUGUCGGUUUUCUCUGAGCUUGGAGUAUGUUGUAGCUGAGAUUGUAAGCUAUCAUUAAUGUGGUCUCCAUUUUCCGAUCAGAUGCCGGGAUCAUGCCUGUAUUUCACGUGCAAAAUAGGAUUUGAGAUCCUCUUAAUUUGCUUAUGUGUAAAGUCUAUGGGGAAACAGUGUAGCUCAAUCGGUAAGGCAUCAGACUUGCAUCCUUAGGGUCCAGGGUUCGAGCCCAGGCCAGGGGUGAAUAAUAAUUUUUUUUUUCUUUUCAACAUUUCACAAAUGGUCCUUUAUGACCAUUACAAUGUAUAUAGAAUAAGACAUUGGACAAUAAAAGAGAUUAAAAACCCUUUUAAUAUAACAUGUACAAUAUGUGUAUGACCUGCACUUUUUCACACGGCUUUCUCAUUUCCCUCUUUUUCAAUAGUAUUCAACACUUCGUUUUAAAGAAAAGUUCAGUUUUCAUGACAAAGAUCAUAUUGAUCUCAAUAAACAUGCUGAUUGUCUUCGUGAUCAUGAAAUCAGAGACAGAUCACCUAAUUCGUCCUCAUGACGAAUUAAAAUUCUAGUUUUCAUUUUUUUUUUUUUUUUGGGGGGGCAAUAUUUCUUUUAAAGAAUGUAAAAUAAUUGUUUGUUGUUUAGUUUUGUCACAAGUAGUAAUGAGGUUCCUUUCAGACUUAAAUUUGUUUGUACCAUGGAGGCUGGAUCACCCUCUUCCCCAUGUAGAUUAGAAUGAUCAGAUAAAAGCAAAGAUACAGUCUUGCCUCCAAUUCAUCAGUAGUCAUAAGUGAGACAGUACUAUAAUAAUGUUAAUGAAUCAUGAAACAUAAUCAAUUCUUACAACAAAUGGAUGAUGCAAAAUUUUAAACAAAAUUACUUCUAAUAUUUAGGUGCGUAGUUUGCUUUAAAGGAGAUUGUUGACUAUUAAAAGAUGAUUGUUAUGGUGUAACUGCAAUUUCUCUGUACUUGAAAAUGAAAGUAGAUUAUUAUUAGAUUUUAGUGGUCACACAUAAUAUGAACAAUGGAACUUUAUACACACAGUUGAUUGUACAUUAAGAAAACACAUUUUAGACUUGCCUUCUUUAAUCUUGCUUUGGUUUUAUUAGUGCAGUAGAGUGUAUGUAUAAAGUAGCUGAUGUUAUAAAGUAAAACUUUACUUGUAUGAAAUAUGAAUAGUAAUGCUAUUCUUGUUUUGUUUCCUGCAUUGUGAUAUAGUAUUUGUGAUAUAAGAGAGCUUAAAGUCAAACGUAUAUAUUAUGCAAUGAUACAUGUGAAGAGAGCACACCUACUCUGUACAUUGAGAGCUUUAAUAUCUAAGAGAUCUGAUACCCAAUUUUCUAUGUGUCACUUUAUGUUUUGAGUUAUGUUGUAUCGAUGAGUAAAUAUGACAUCAUAGCUGAAACCAUUUUCUAAUCAUGUCCUUUGCUUGUAUGUGAUAGUGCAUAUACUACUAUAUUUUAUUUAUAUUUUCACAUGUAAUAAACCUUAAAAAUUAAUGAAAAUUUGAUUUAGAACACAAGUUUGUGUAAUUAAGAUUCAUACUAAAUGAAAAAUAAAUGACAUUCAUUAUGCUGAUUAAACUUAAAUGGUUGGACAUGAAAGAAUUCUUGAAUUUCAGAUGAUUAUGCAUUUUAUAUACUGUAUUUAACAAAAAAUAUUUUCAAUUCUAAUACAAUCUAAUGGCAAUAUGGUAAUCAGUUAUCAAACCUAAGGGUAUUGAAACUUCAACGACUUUACAUUUUUGCAAAGUGUUUGUAUAGAUUACUUCAAACAAGAUAAACACAUUGGUGAGUAUUUCUUAAGUUAACUUACACCAAACUUUUAUGGAGUGCUAACUGUUAACUCAACAAAUGAAAACAAUUAUUUCAACUCUGAAGUGAAAUUCAUACUCCAAAAAUAAUUUUGUAAUUAAAUUAGCUAAUUGUGUGAAAUUUCCACCCAAGUAUCUGUAUGUUAUGAAUAAGAAAUAUGUACCAAAGUUUUCUGGAACAAAUCAUGUAAUUACUGAGAAAUAAGCUAAAUAAUCAUGACAUUUCAUCAGACUGUCAUGUAUUUUUCAAGCAAUAACACAAUGUCCCAUAUGUGCUUUCCUGUGUAAGAGAUCUUCAGUGUAAUGGUUAUUCAGAAUAGAUUUCAUGGCUUUAAGUUCAUUUUAUGUAGCACUACCAGAUCUAGAUCAAGGAUGAGAUGGUGCAUGCAAUUAAUAU